AUGUCUAACCUAUAUUAUACUGUAUUUGACACUGAUGUGUGUACGGUGUUACUCGUAUUAACUUUGAAUGGCUUUGUAUGCUAUGCUUCAUUGGGUAAGCCAGCUAUCGAGCUAAAAGGAAUAAUGGCCAAAGAUUUCCUGUCUUUGCCAUAUCAACUCAAACCAUUAUCUACAAUGACGGGUGAUAAAAUAGAAAUUGAUAAAUCGGUGGAAAAAUUCAAGCUAUUGGUGGAAACACCAUCGGUAUCUCAGGAUAUCAAAACCGAACUUCUAUUUGGUACGCCGUUACAGAGAAAAGUAUGGAAAGAAUUAGUCAAGAUACCAGCAGGACAAACUCGAACUUAUAAAGAAUUGGCAGAUUUAUUAGGUACACAUAGCCGUGUGAUUGGAAAUUGCUGUGGUGCAAACCGAAUUGCUGUAUUAAUUCCGUGCCACAGAGUUGUGGGUGCAAAUAAUAAGCUAACUGGUUACCGGUGGGGGAAAUCCUAUAAGGAAUAUUUAUUGAAGCAGGAAGGUAUAGGUAUUUAA